AUGUCACUCGCUAAGCUUGCCUCCAUCGUGGUCCUUGCCACUGUCACCAGCGCCGCUGUCACCAAGCGCGUUACCUGCGCUGACGGAAAUGUCACGGGGAACGAAGCGUGUUGCGUUCUCUUUCCGAUACUAGAGGACAUCCAGACGAAUCUCUUCGACGGCGGCGAGUGUGGAGAGGAAGUCCACGAGUCGCUUCGUCUGACGUUCCACGACGCCAUUGGUAUCUCUCGCAGCAACGCAUCGGUUGGCACUGGCGCCGAUGGCUCCUUCCUCCUCUUCGACACCGAGCUAUCCUAUCACGCGAACACUGGCAUCGACGAGAUCGUGGGCGAGCAGAAACCCUUCGUCGCCGCCCAUCCCGAGAUAUCCGCUGCAGAUUUCAUACAGUUCGCGGGUGCGGUCGGGGUCUCCAACUGUCCAGGCGCUCCUCGCCUUCAGUUCCUCCUUGGCCGCAAGGAUGCAACGCAUCCCGCGGCCGACAAGACCGUACCGGAGCCCUUUGACACAGUGGACAGCAUUCUAGCACGCUUCUCGGACGCUGGCGGCUUCUCAGCCGCUGAAGUCGUCGCUUUACUUGCAUCGCACAGUGUUGCGGCGGCCGAUCACGUCGACCCUUCGAUUCCUGGUUCACCCUUCGACAGUACUCCCGGCGCAUUUGAUACGCAAUUCUUCGUCGAGACUCAACUUCGCGGUACGCUGUUCCCCGGUACCGGUGGAAACCAAGGAGAGGUCGAGUCUCCCUUGGCUGGAGAGCUCAGGCUGCAGUCCGACUCAGAGCUCGCGCGUGACAGCCGCACGGCAUGCUUGUGGCAGGCCAACGUCAACAACCAACAGCACAUGAUGAGUUCCUUCGCUGCCGCAAUGGCCAAGCUUGCCGUGCUUGGGCAGGACACGAGCAAGAUGGUCGACUGCUCGGACGUCAUUCCAGUACCCAAGACGCUCACGAAGGCUGCGACGUUCCCCGCCGGUCUCUCAAACGCUGAUGUUGAGCAGGCGUGUGCCUCGACGCCCUUCCCGACUCUUUCAACUGAUCCGGGCCCAGUCACAUCUGUCGCUCCCGUCCCGCCUUCUUAA